CAAUACUAUUGCAAUCGUGCAGCUGUACCGCUCGGAUGUUAGCAAGCCACAUUUCGCUCCCCAAAACUGCCGUAUCAGGAAACAGAACACAGUUUCUACAUCCUGCCGCACUUGAGGCGUUCCAUCAUAUCCGAGACAGGGAACAAGGCGUUCGGGAUGCAUACCGGUGCCCUGAUUUUUAUUCUGGCAGCCCUUCCGCGGGAGAUGCUGUUGAGAGUGCCUCGUUUCGUGAUACGAAGAUGGUGGUGUCUCGGCACCGAAAAUCGUUCUGGUUUACAAAGAUGUUUACAGUGCCUGUUGUCAGAACAGCUGUCACGAGUUGAUCACUGCUUCCUGGACAUCGCUCUUGCCCAAGAGUCAGCCCAAUAUGACUCUUACUGGUCGUCAACGGGGCCUGAGUUGACCACAAUAUCUACCGCGGCCGCGACUUCUACACAUUCUACAGACCCCUAUUAUAAGGAAGCUACUGGUGCUCUGUGGAAGAACAAUGUUCACGAUAAGGUCCAUUUACCUGCGACAACAGCGACUACUGAAGUUCUCCGGCGGUCCGGGGAGCUUUGGAAGGGGAGAGAACACGAAGAGGUAGACCUAGUAACGGGUCUCUCCCGGCGAUCUGGCGAACUCUGGCACGGAUUGGAACAUGAGGAGGUUUCCGCUUCCCCUAAUCUUUAAGCUAUUCCGAGGCAUCCUGAAUCUGGUAUUGAUUAUUCAUGAUUGAGGGACUCCAAGCCUUGCUGCGUAUGCGGAUAUACAGCAAGUUAGCUACUUUGAGCCUUUGCUGUUCAUUACCGACCUUCGCAUUAUUCUUUUUUUGGCCAAGUGCUACCUUGUAAUUAUUAAUACCCAUCAUACAGCGGGACCUGUGGGCCUCUGAGGUCAUACCUCACUGUAUACCAGUCCACUUUGCUUCAAUAGACAUCUGAUUACUUUUAUUUUGUUAAGUUACUUAUGACUGUUUAUGUUUGUUGUACAAGUGGAAAUGUACUUGUUAUUUCGUGGAACUCAUACCAA